AUGGCACCACCAUCCAAACUCGCAGUUGCAACCUCCUCAGUGAUUCGACUGGUCAAGGAAGAAGCUAGUUAUCAUAAGGAACUGGAGCAGCAAGAGGCCCGUAUCAAGAAGCUGGAGGCAAACCCUGCAGAAGACAAUUCUGAGUACCAGAUCAAGCAAGAGCGCCAGGCUCUUGAAGAGACGAAAGCGGUGCUUCCCGCUGUUCGUGAGAAGAUUCGACAAGCAAUAGAGCGAGUGGAAGAAGAGCUUGAGGCAAACAAGGAAGCUGGCGGCGUCGCACCAGAAGCAGAAGUCACCAAGGCAGAAGAUGCCAUCACCGCGGGAAAGAAGAGCAUCGCGGAGAGUACUUAG